AAGUUGGAAACAACUUCCUCACAGCUGAAAACAAACACUGUGUUAUAUCAUUCUGCAGCUUUAUUAGAAGGAAGGCAGUAGCCAAGUGAAGCAGCUGGAAUCACACUGAAGUUGCUCUGAACUUUACAGAUCACUUCACUCUUCCCUCUGCUACAGAGCUCACGUCCCUGAUUUGAAGUGCACUUCUUUUCAAAGAGCUAAACGUGAAAGCAGCUGUGCAGCAUGGAACUUGAAGAUUUUGAGAAUUACUCUUAUAUCUAUGACCUGUCUGAGGAAGAUGAAUCACCCCAGUCCUCCCUCAGCAUUGCCCAUAUGAUAUCCCUUUCCUUUUACAGUGUGGCAUUUCUGCUGGGGGUGCCAGGUAAUGCCAUUGUCAUCUGGUUUAUGGGCUUUAAGUGGGAUAAAUCUGUCUCCACACUCUGGUUCCUCAACCUGGCCAUUGCAGAUUUCAUCUUUGUUCUCUUCUUGCCCCUUUAUAUUACAUACGUGGCAAUGGGCUUCCACUGGCCUUUUGGGAAGUGGCUGUGCAAAGUGAACUCGUUCAUUGCACUACUUAAUAUGUUUGCCAGCGUUUUCUUCCUGACAUUCAUCAGCCUUGACCGUUACAUCCGCUUAGUCCACCCAGUCUUUUCCUACAAGUAUCGAACUGUAAGGAACACCCUCAUUCUUAGUGGGAUUAUUUGGAUCUCGGCUGCAAUUAUCGGUGGCCCUGCCUUAUACUUUAGAGACACAACAACAGUUCUCAACAACAUCACCCUUUGCUACAACAACUUUCAUGUGCAUGACAGAGAACUCAUUCUGCUGAGACACCACAUUCUCAUCUGGGUGAGACUUGCAUUUGGUUACCUCUUUCCCCUAGUGACCAUGGUCAUUUGCUACUCGCUGCUGAUUGUCAAGGUGAAGAAGAGAACUGUACUGACUUCCAGCAGGCUUUUCUGGACCAUUGUUGCUGUAGUCGUAGCUUUUUUCGUUUGCUGGACACCGUAUCACAUAUUCAGCAUUGUGGAGCUGUCUGCUCACCAUGAUGAAAACUUGCAUGGCUUAUUGCAGGAUGGCAUUCCCCUCUCCACUGGCCUUGCUUUCAUCAACAGUUGCCUUAAUCCAAUCCUCUAUGUUCUGAUUAGCAAGAAGUUCCAGGCCCAGGUCAAGACAACUGUCUCUGAAGUGCUAAAAUUGGCACUGUGGGAAGUGAGCCGCUCGGGGACUGUCAGUGAGCAGCUGUGGAGCUCAGACAACACCCAUGCGCCUGCACACUGUUGUGAAACUGCUCAGUGACCAUUCUUGUCGCCAUCCCACUCCAAAAUAACUGGCAGGAGUUUUGGAAAUGUUCUUGUCUUCACAUCUGCCAUAGAUGUGCAUCUUUGCAUAUACAAUUUCAUGUAAACAGCUGGCUGAAUUGCACAUGCUGCUUUCCUUGGAAAGUUCUUACAGGACACAUCAUUUGGGUGUGGUAUGAUUGCAAAGAGCCUGAACUGAAAGCUGUUAAAAUAAGUGGAAUUGCUCUAAUUGAGUUUUUGAACAGGAACGUGACUAUUUCUGUUAUUAAUCCUUUUAAAUUUUCUGUUGCAGUUCCAUAUCUUGUUGAUAUUAAAAAAAAAAAUUACCUAAUAAAAAUAUUCUUCCCGUCACUGACAAUGCUCUAGAUCUGGGCAUCCUCAUCCCAUCCCGGCCAUACAUCAGUGGGUUAUGACAGCACUCAGCGUCUAGCACUGUUUAAAGAAGAAACCUCCUGGCUACAUCCUGGCUAAGCAAAGCUAUUGGUGGCUCCCCUUUCCAGCCAGAGAAGGAUCUCAAUACAGAGAACACUGAAUUAUUGCCUUCUCUUGUUAAAAACAAACAAACAAACAAACAAACAAACAAACCCAACACAGACAUAAAUUCUGAUUUCUCCCAUUGCUCUUUGCCUUACACUCAAUAGAUAGGAAUCACUGUGCUUGCUGGUCACUUAUCCCUUUAUUCUUGUGUUCUUAUUACUAGAUGGGUGUACAAUAUUGAGGAGGUUUCAAAUAAAUAUUUGACUCAUUUGAAAUGUGAGCAGAAUUAGUAGGAAUGUUUCUUUGAGAAACUGAGAUUAAAGGCUCCCCCACCACCACCACACACACAUUCCCCCCUAGGCUUCAUGUUUAAAGAGGUUUGUGACAAUCAGUUGCCCUUUAUUGCUCUUACAAAGAAAGGUUAAGAAAUAAUGUAACAUUUUGUUUGCUGUAAUGCAAACCUUCUAAAAAUGGAUACAGUGAAUUCAACAGUUCAGUUACAAGCCUGUAACCAAAUUAAGACUUCUUUGCCAAACUAGAGGCAGCACAAUAUACCUGGGAAGUAACAUCCACUCCAGUAAGAAAGAGGUAACAGCCCUAAUGGAGUUGUUAUUUCCACUCCAAGAUGUUGCUUGCUGUAGAAUCACACAUCCAUUAAUGCAUAUAUAUUUAUGUGCUAAGCAGAGUGGACUAAUAUCUGAGGCAAAACCACUGAAUUAAGUUGAAUGUGAGAUAAAAUUCCAUUAAAAGCAGGGGCAUAAAAUUUGGGGUAAAUUUGACCAGUGUUUCCUCGUUAGGGCCACAAAAUGUGGAAUAAAACUGCCUUUCAGGUGACCUGUGGCCUGGCAACACAUAUAAGGCCUUAUUUACAAUAAAUGUUACUUACAUGUAAAUACAUUUCAUUCAAAAGCAAAUAUUUAUCACACACAAAAACACACAAAUGCAUCCGUAUACUGGUAGUUGUACAAAUAGAAACAGUCUGACUGUGGUCUGUAACUAUGUUUCUUCGGGCUCUGGUUUAAAAGUUGGAGAGUUAUAGCAGGAUCAGUGGAAUUUCUAUGUAUUUAACUUUGGCUUGGAAAGUUGGUAGGCAGCACUCUUUCCUCUGAGUCACUCACUGCCUGGUACAUAGUGACUCAUGAUUGUCUUUUGGCAUCAUGCUACUGAAUAUACCUAAAUCAAAGAUUUUGCAUGUUUUCUUCACAUAUCCCCUGAUAUCUUUCUAAGAAUGACGUGUUAGUGCUAUGCUCCUGACUGUACUCCAAGUGGAGUAAUAAAAUUUUGUUAUCUCUGAA